AUGCCUGAAGUGUGAAGAAAGCCCAAGAUCACGGCCUCCCGCAAACUCUUGCUGAAGAGCCUGAUGCUGGCCAAGGCCAAGGAGUGCUGGGAGCAGGAGCAUGAGGAACGGGAGGCAGAGAAGGCACGCUACUUGACCGAGCGCAUCCCCACGCUGCAGACCCGAGGCCUGUCCCUCAGUGCCCUGCAGGACCUGUGCCGGGACCUGCACGCCAAGGUGGAGGUGGUGGAUGAGGAGAGAUACGACAUUGAGGCCAAAUGCCUCCACAACACCAGGGAGAUUAAGGACCUGAAGCUGAAGGUGCUGGACCUCCGUGGGAAGUUCAAGCGCCCACCACUGCGUCGGGUCCGGGUCUCAGCUGACGCCAUGCUCCGGGCUCUCCUGGGCUCCAAGCACAAGGUGUCUAUGGAUCUGCGGGCCAACCUGAAGUCAGUGAAGAAGGAAGACACAGAGAAGGAACGGCCCGUGGAGGUGGGUGACUGGAGAAAGAACGUGGAGGCCAUGUCUGGGAUGGAAGGCCGGAAGAAGAUGUUUGAUGCCGCCAAGUCUCCGACCUCACAGUAGAGGCCGGCUUGCUGCGCUGUGCUCUGGGCUUCCGCUUGCACUCCUCUCUCCAACCUGGCUCACCUACCUCUCUGCAUCCUACCCUGCCUUUCUGGAGCCUCCCAUCCUGUUCCCACUCUCCCCUCCAGCCUGAGUGCCCUCCUCUGGAACCGGGAUUAAACAGACACCCAAGAGGACAAACAGCAGGGUCUGAAGACCUCAUCCUGGCAGGGUGGAGACCCCGGCCAGCCGCGGUGUAGCCGAGCUGAGGAGGAAGAGGUGUGAGAGCACCUUCCCUCUGGCCCCUUGCCACAUCCCUCCUCUGCUUCUGUGACAUGUAGAGUGCCCCCAGGUAUCACAGCUUCUCCAUUAAAAACCAGGGUCCUGGUCAUU